AUGACCUAUGACCUGGCCAGUGCCAUGGUGAGGAUUGUGAACCUGAUUGCUAUGAUGCUGCUGCUGUGUCACUGGGAUGGAUGUCUGCAGUUCCUGGUUCCCAUGCUGCAGGAGUUCCCCUCUGACUGCUGGGUCACCAGGAACAAGAUGGUGAAUGACACGUGGGGCCAGCAGUACUCCUAUGCCCUGUUCAAGGCUAUGAGUCACAUGCUGUGUAUCGGGUACGGUAUGUACCCUCCUGUCGGCCUGGCGGAUGUGUGGCUCACCAUACUCAGCAUGAUCGUGGGUGCCACCUGCUACGCCAUGUUUGUAGGCCAUGCAACCGCUCUCAUCCAGUCACUGGACUCUUCCCGACGGCAGUACCAGGAGAAGUAUAAACAGGUGGAGCAGUACAUGUCCUUCCACAAGCUUCCUGCCGGCAUGCGGCAGCGGGUCCAUGACUACUACGAACAUCGCUUCCAGGGCAAGAUGUUUGACGAGGAGAGCAUUCUGGGGGAGCUGAACGAACCGCUCAGAGAGGAGAUUGUCAACUUCAACUGUCGUAAGCUGGUUGCUUCGAUGCCUCUCUUCGCCAACGCCGACCCCAACUUUGUGACGUCAAUGCUGACCAAGCUGCGUUUUGAGGUGUUCCAGCCUAUGGAUAAUGUGGUUAUGGAGGGCACCGUCGGCAGAAAGAUGUACUUCAUCCAACACGGGGUGGUCUGCGUCAUCGCCAAGGGCACCAAGGAGACCAAGCUGUCUGACGGGUCCUACUUUGGAGAGAUCUGCCUGCUGACUCGAGGCAGAAGAACGGCCAGUGUUCGCGCUGAGACCUACUGCCGUCUGUACUCUCUGUCUGUGGACAACUUUAACGAGGUCCUGGAGGAGUACCCCAUGAUGAGACGGGCCUUCGAGACCGUGGCUCUGGACCGGCUGGACCGCAUAGGAAAGAGGAACUCUAUGCUCCAACACAAAGUCGCCCAGAACUCAGGAGCUGUGAACCUCCAGGAGAAUGAGAUCAUCCAGAGGAUCGUACAGCAUGACCGCGACAUGGCUAUCCAGAGCAACAUCUCUCCCCCGUCCCUGGACCUUCCAUCCUCCACCUCAGGGGUCAUCUGGGCUCCCCUGGUCCAGGGCCCCUUCCAGGCCGCUGCAGCCACCACAUCCCUGGCUUUGGCCUUCUCCCACUCCCAGCUCCAAGCCCAGCUCCCUCCCAUCCUCUUCCACCAUCCUCUCCCCGUCUCCAGGUCGUUCAAGGAUCCAGGAGACCACCAUUUGGAGAGGGGCGUGUUUGUGGGCGUGUCUGCAGCUGGAGGUAUGGGCGUUCCCGGCUGUGGCUCCGGGGCUGCAUCUCCGGCCGGUUCUGUGAAGUUCCGUUCUGGAGUGGACACUCCGAUAUUAGCCUCGUUUCGGGCGCAACAUCUAGUCUCCACCUCCUCCUCCAUAUCUCCUCUGUCACCUAUGACCUCCAUGUACCAGCCCACCACCACCACCAACUUCCAGGCCCAGCCCAGCGGAGGCUUUCCCUUCCCCUUGGGCCAGGCCUCAAUCCAGGGGUAUCCGUCCUCCUCCUCCUGCGCGGCCCAGCUCCACCACCACCACCACCCGUACAGCCCACCAAGUUCCCACCAGCAGGGGGCAUCAGGGAGACCCACCAUGGACUCGGGAAGAUUCUCAGCCCUCUCUGGUUCCACCCUAAGCCCUCUCAUCGGUAGCUCUGUCAGCCCCAUCCUGAGCCAGCUACAGCAACACGACUCCUCUUCCUCUCACGCUACCAGCUCUCAGCACGUCCAGAGGGGGAUGGGCUCUGGUGAACAUCAGGAGAGAGCAGGCCACCUCCUCCCCCCACACUCCCACUGUUCCUACGCCAGCACCAGCCCUAGCUACACCACCCAACACCACUGCUCCAGUGGGUUUCUAUCUAUACCUAUCCCACAACAGGCCAGCCUUGGAGGUGGUGGAGCCUCAUCCUCCCUGGUGCAUCACAGUCUGGCGGGUCUGCAGUCCAGCCUCCACCCCACCCUGCACUCUGGCCUCCACCCCGGCCUCCACGCCGGCCUCCUCCCUCAGGUUCUCCCGGUGGACUCUGCCCAUUCUUCCCACUCUGCCCUAGCCUCGCUGGCCCAGUACGGAUCAAGGGAUGGCUCCCCGUCCUGCACCCCACCGGUGGCACCCAGCCCCACCAUCCAGAGCCCACUGACAGGAAGGACGAUGCUUCACCAUCAUCAUCACAGCCAACUCAGCCAUCUCAGCCAGCUCCACAGCCAACCCUCCAGCGCCAUGGGCUCUCACAGUUCCCUCACCCCACAGACGCCGUGCCCCGCUAGGGUAGACGGAAGGGGGCAGAGGGCAGAGUCCUUAGUGGAUCUCUUCACCCAGGAUGUCAGGACUAUCUCCACUGUUUCCACCUCUGGCUCAGGCAGCUACCUGCCCCAAGAAGGGUCUCUAACCAGACCGUCUCUCUCCAUACCUUCAGGGGGGUCUGGUUCUUCUCACUUCUCCUCUCCUCCCAUGGCAGAGGGUAGCAGUAAUAAACUCCCACGUCACACCUCUGAGUCACUACACUCCCUCGGGAUCUGAACUUCCAACUCCUGUGAACCAAGGAGCACCGACCUCUUCGCAUCCCAACCCCAGUCUCCCUGCUACCCCGGCCAAGACAUCCGAGGCAGAGUACAGACUCUCCAAACUCCCCUCCAACCUGUGAGGUUUUAACACACCCUCCUGCGAUGUCUAAACUAUGGAGAAAUUGUCUUCGGUAUUGGCAUUGUGUUUUUUAAUCGCUAGUGUAGGUUUUUUAAUUCUAGGAGGGUGUGAAUGAGUGCAUAUCCAUAUUGGAGGAAAAAAAAACUUAGAACAGAGAUGUAUUUUUAAUGCAGAGUGAAUGACCUAAUGUAAAAAGGACAGAGUUCCCAGCGGGCGAAACCAGUUCUGGUUGUAAACGAGUGGUAACGACGUCAUUUCAGCCAUCUUUGCCCGCUGGGUUAAGUAUUUUUCUACAGUACAAUGUUACUACUGUACUAUGUUGAAUGUGGAGGUACUGUACCAAUAUGGAUUGUUUGAUAAUGUUAAACUACAAGAAAGUAUACUGAUCAAUUUCCAAACAUGUACAAUAUGUAUUGUAGCCUAUAUCCUCACAUUGUAAUUUUGUCUUAAGGUAUUUGUUUAGAAGCUGUUGUUCAGACAUACACUAUAUAUACAAAAGUAUGUGGACACCCCUUCAAAUGAGUGAAUUUGGCUAUUUCAGCCACACCUGUUGUGGACAGGUGUAUAAAAUCGAGCACAAAGCUAUGCAAUCUCUAUAGACAAACAUUGGCAGUAGAAUGGCCCGUACUGAAGAGCUCAGUGACUUUCAACAUGCCAUCUUUCCAACCAGUCAGUCAAAUUUCUGCCCUGCUAGAGCUUCCCCGGUCAACUGUAAGUGCUGUUAUUGUGAAGUGGAAAGGUCUAGGAGCAACAAUGCCUCAGCCGCAAAGUGGUAGACCACACAAGCUCACAGAACGGGACCGCCGAGUGCUGAAGCGCGUAGCGCGUACAAAUCAUCAGUCCUCGGUUGCAACACUCACUGCCGAGUUCCAAACUGCCUCUGGAAGCAACGUCAGCACAAGAACUGUUCGUUGGGAGCUUCAUUAAAUGUGUUUCCAUGGCCGAGCACCUGCACACAAGCCUAAGAUCACCAUGUGCAGUGCCAAGCGUCGACUGGAGCGGUGUAAAACUCACCACCAUUGGACUUUGGAGCAGUGGAAACGCGUUCUCUGAAGUGACGAAUCACGCUUCACCAUCUGGCAAUCCGACGGACAAAUCUGGGUUUGGCAGGUGUCCACAUACUUUUGAUGAUGUAGUGUAUUUAUCUAACAUUUUACCCUAUAGAGAUUAUUUUUAAAUUCAGAAUAACCAACAAUAUUUUUCCUUUUUUUAAAUAUGAUUUUACUUUCUCAGUGUAUUGUGAUAACAUGUUGUGGAGGUGUGAUGAACGUGACCCAAAGAGACCUGAUAUCAAGAACUUUUGACUGAACUGCACUUUGUUUUUGUAAUUUCAGAGAUUAACUGAAAGAAGUCGAUGGUCUUGUCUUCCACUAUCUUGUUUCAGCCAUAUUGGACAGAUCCUUGUGUAUGUUUUCUAUUAAUAUUUACGCUUACAUACUAUAUAAAACAUAUAUUUUUUGCUAGCCUAGUUAUCAAACAUAUUAUUUUAUCAAAACACAUCAAAUCAAAUCAAAUGUAUUUAUAUAGCCCUUCUUACAUCAGCUGAUAUCUCAAAGUGCUGUACAGAAACCCAGCCUAAAACCCCAAACAGCAAGCAAUGCAGGUGUAGAAGCACGGUGGCUAGGAAAAACUCCCUAGAAAGGCCAAAACCUAGGAAGAAACCUAGAGAGGAACCAGGCUAUGAGGGGUGGCCAGUCCUCUUCUGGCUGUGCCGGGUGGAGAUUAUAACAGAACAUGGCCAAGAUGUUUAAAUGUUCAUAAAUGACCAGCAUGGUCAAAUAAUAAUAAUCACAGUAGUUGUCGAAGGGUGCAGCAAGUCAGCACCUCAGGACUAAAUGUCAGUUGACUUUUCUCAGCCGAUCAUUGAAACAUGAAUGUAUUAAGACAUGAAUGUAUGUUUUUGACAAACGACUGGAUUUUAAAGUAACAGUUUGGAAAUGAAUACAGUAAACCUUGUGAGAAUACAGUAAGCCUUGUGAGAAUAUAGUAAGCCUUGUGAGAAUACAGUAAACCUUGUGAGAAUACAGUAAACCUUGUGAGAAUAGAGGGGGGGAAAAGCUUAAAACAAAAAUGAAAUGUUAACUCAUUAGCUAUUGAUAGUCUGUCAUGUUUCCUGCAAGGCACUUCCUCUGCCUACACACAGGGCUCUAAAUUGUCAUUUUUCAUUGGUAGCAAUGGUGCCCCCAACUUAAAAAAAGUUAAUUAAAUUAAGGAGCACCAGAAACACACGCACCUCUUCAGUCAGCCAGUCACUGAGCACAGACAUUCAGUCAGCCAGUCACUGAGCACAGACAUUCAGUCCUUAGGGAGAACAGGCCAAAGCAAACACGCGCUUUCCCCCGACCUUGGCCGACAUGGCAGUGAAAGCUUGUUGACAGAGAUGUACUGCGCACAGUUUCCAAGCCAUUCUCUUCUUCUUUUAACGACUCCUACCAUUGCAGUAUGAACAUCAGUCACAUAAUGAUGACCUUGUUUCCCCUAUGGACACAUCCAACUGAGGUCUGUGUGUUUGGUGUAAUGACUGUACUGGACACAACCUGUGUGUGGGUAUACAGAAAGUACAGAGAGAGGCACAGUGAAUUGAAUUGCAACUCUUCGUCCGUAACAACAUGGAUAGACGGGUAAAUGAGGUGUUCGCCAGACCUAAACACAAGAUAAACCGGAGAUAGUGGUUUGUUCAUGAGCCACCAAACAGAAGAGAACGGACUGAAACUUGGAGGGACUGC